GAAUGACCUGUUUUAUUCCAUAAAUAGUGUAACACAUUGUACAAACUACUCCCCCUUUUACCUUGGGUUUUUUUUUAUAUUCGAAUCGCGUUUCCUGUUUCAUUUAGUCCUUCCUGGAGCAGCAAGUGACGUCAGGGUUUACCUGGCCCAGGUGAGGACCCACCGGGAUUGGGACCGGGGAACGGGAUCGGGAUCGCGGCUACAGUCCGGGGCCAGUGCCGGACAGAGGCGGCGGGGGUGGUCCGAGCGAGGCCCCGGCCCCAGCACCAGCUCCAGCACCAGCUCCAGCACCGUGUUAUGGUGCUUCAGUGUAAGUCAUGCAAGGAACUGGGCGAAGAGCUGCUCCACAGCAGGCUGAUAAGCCUGUGGCCAAACCCAGGCUUCUGACUUCUCCAGUUCGGCUGCCAGCCUCUGUGGACUCGCUGAGCCUGGAGGUUUAUGAAGGUUCAAUGCCAGAAAGCAGACGAGCUGAGAGGAAGGAAAGCAAAUUGCUGGCUAAAAGUCACAGCCGGAAAGCAGAUCCAAGAGAUUCAAAUGGGAAUAACGCGGAAAACAUUGGGUUCAUCCCGGGGUCAGUUGAAACAAUAGAGGAGGCAAGUGUGUGUGAGUCAUGUGGGUUGGGAACCUGUGUUACCUGGCAGAUGGUUAAGGCGGUUUUCUGCUGUGUGGUGAGCUGUGGAUAUUAUAAGGCUGACACGGGGGUUUACAAUCCAUGUUCCAGGUCGACAGAACCACCGACACGUGCUAAAGACAUUGACAGUAACACUUUGCGGUAUAUUGAAAACCCAACCCAUGGGAUUCCCCUGAACUCUGAACCCAGCUCCAAGAAGAAGACUAACCUUGCGGGCAACAGUUUUAAUUAUUAUGAUGUCAAGUUGGGAGGACAGCAGGUAAUCUGGAAAAUUCACAGUCAUACUCUGUCCACAGACUCAUGCCACAAGGACACCCCCCUCAAUUCUCAGCAAUCAGAGAGUCCCAGCAGCAUCUCACCAAUCUCCCACAAACGAAUUUCCGAUGAGUUCCCCUCCUUUCUGGAGGAAGAUUUGGAGAACAAUGAGCUAAACGUGUCAAUGUCGAGUGCAGAGCUGGACGAGUACAUCAACAAGAAGCUGCUGGAGCUGUUCAGCAUUCACCAGAUUGACAUGUUGGCCCAAUGUACCUCUGACACUACAUUCAUCAGCAAAAGCAGUGAGAUCACUGAGCUCAUUGAUAGCAUCACCAAAGGCUACAAAAUCAAUGAGAAGGAUGCGGAAUGCCGGAUAGUGACUGGGAUCGUCCGGAUCAGCACCCGGAAGCCCAAGAAAAGUAAGAAAAGGGGACCAGAAGAGCCAAGUGAGGAAAGACUGAUCACUCCUACUCCUGUUGACCUCAGACCUCAAACCGAGACUAUUUUGCCCAGUGAAGAGCUUAACCUAGAGAUUUCAGUGGUGGAUUCACUUGAUGAGAGAGCAAGACAAAUUCAGCGGCUGUGUUCACCAGAUUUACGUAAAGAUGAUUCUCUUCAAGAUACAGAGACGGAUUCAUCAGGAGCCCCAUUGCUCAAAGUGUAUAUCUAAGAUUGGAGUUAGGACCUUCCACAUUGGAAUUUGGGUGCAUAGCGCACUGAGUGGCCAGACACUCUUGAGACCAGUGGAUAGUAUGGAAUUGACUUGGCUCUUGUUCACUGUGAAGCUGAUUUCCCCUGCUCCCUACAAGGGAUGUGCUCUGGUUUGGAGUCCAGUGAUUCUGAUGAUGAAAACCUGGAGGAGGCCAUUCUUCCUCUUGCUUGCAUCUAGCCCUCCACCUCCUGCCCCCUGCAGAUGAAGAGUCCAGGCUCAGUGCCAAAGGUCAGCAAGCAGGAGAGAGGCAGAAAGGGGGGAGGUGCAGGUGGAUGGGGGAAAAUGUGGGGUAAAUAACAACUCACUGGGUGCCAGCGAAAUCUGAACUAGUGUAAAUAAGGAACUGGUCAGGGGGUUAUGUUCAUGCUGGGGGAGGUAGAUGGUGUACAGGGGUGGCGGUUGUACAGUUACUUUGCAUAUUUUGUACAUUUUGUGUCACUGGAUAAUACAGUGAAUCAUGGUGAGAAAUAUUGAUUUUAAUAAGUUGCUUUUUAUAUUAAAGCAACAAUUGGAAUCUUAUCUGCAAUUUGAAAAAUGCCUCAAUCCCUGAUUCUGUCCUUCUCAAUCACUUUUUUGAUUCUGCAUCCAGUCUCCACUCAGGACAGGUUUUAUGUAAUGUAACUUGAUGCAGGAUUUCACUGGCCAAGUCUUCCUGUACAGUCUAACCUUGGGCCUUCAACAAAUAUUGGGUGUGAACAGCUCCAUGAGGCCAUCAUCUUUGAUGCUGUACUGAGUGAGGACCCAGACUGGUCAGAGUUAGAAACUCACUGAACUCCACAGAUUUCAGAAAGGAUCCAGGUUCCAUCUCCCACCCGAGAUGAAGCAUUUAAUCCCACCUUGGGAGGGACAACACUGGCUUCAAGUCGCUUCCCUGUUAUCCAACCUGUUGCCUUCUAAAUAUGAUUGAGGGAAGGAUUAGGUUCUGCUGUGGUGUCCAAUAUAGUCCACUAUCCUCGCUGUGUAGACUUAACAUGAGCUGGCCACUAGGAUGAAACACUGGAGGAUGAUUGGUAAGGUUCAGUUUUGCAGGUAGCUGUGAGCAGGAACAGUGAGUGUGGAGAUGGGGUAGAGGAGCCCUGUGGCUCAGAGUGUAUUUCUGAAACAGAAUCCUGUGCUGCCUCUCUCGGCAAACAGGUGCUGCUGUAAACCCAUAGUGAGCCACUAUGUUCCAUCAGAGCCCUGCCUGCUGGUACAUUAACAAAUUGCAGUCCUUCCAUUUUGUGUGUUAACCCAUUGAAGUCCCUUUCCUCAGGAUAUUAACCUAAUAAAGCCUUUUGCUGUAUUAACCUAUCUGUGCUAUAAACUCCGUGGGACACUUUUACAAAUGUCUGCUUUCACCAUCUGUUCAUUCUAUCAAUAGCUGUAGGUUUUUAAAUCCAUUUGUAAUUAUUAAGACUUUUAUUUGAUGGUUUACAUGAAGUGUUGCAUCUGUAUUGUGGUUGGGUUUGUGACUUCAACUGAAAACCUCGUGAUAAGCUGGAUUCAGUUCCAGUGAAUGUAGCAGAAACCAGUCUGGAUAGUUUGCAGACAGUGUGAGAAGGUCAGCAGUUUGGAAAAGUAAAAGGGAAGCUUGAUGGCGCCACCUCUCAUGGGAAGGUGUAAUUACAGUAUCACCAUUUACAAGGACAAUUUUCAUGAAAAUGGACAAAGGAAUUUAUUCUGACUUAGUGGGUGCAAAUGUAAGAUUUUUAAAAAGUAAAUAAUGGUUGUACAUUAUUUUAAAAGUUUCCUCUUCUAUAAAAUUC